AUGUCGGACGGCCAGACGAAGCAGUUUGGAAAGGGUCAGCGCACCGUGCCGCACCCUGCCCAGAAGGCCCAGAAGUGGUACCCCGUGGAUGAUGAGUCGCAGCCCAAGAAAGUCAGUAUCCCCGGGAUAGACAAUGACAGCGUCCGCAAGUCGAUUCGUCCCACCAAGGUCCGCGAGAGCCUCCAGCCCGGUACCAUCCUGAUCCUUCUCGCCGGCCGCUUCCGUGGCAAGCGUGUCAUCCUCCUCAAGCACCUCGACCAGGGUGUUCUCCUCGUCACCGGCCCCUUCAAGAUCAAUGGUGUUCCCAUCCGCCGCGUCAACUCCCGCUACGUGAUCGCCACCUCCAAGCGUGUCGACAUCAGCAGCGUUGACCAGAAGGUCCUCGAGAAGAUCUCCGCCCCCGAUUACUUCACCAAGGAGAAGAAGGCCGAGAAGAAGACCGAGGAGGCUUUCUUCAAGCAGGGGAGAAGCCCGAGGUACGUUGCCAGCGCUCGUGCUACCGACCAGAAGGCCAUCGACCAGUCCAUCCUCAGCAGCAUCAAGAAGGAGGACUUCCUUGGCAGCUACCUUGCCACCUCUUUCAGCCUGCGCAACGGUGACAAGCCCCACGAGAUGAAGUGGUAA